CAGGGAGGAGCCUGCAACCGAUGUAUUUACCCUUAACCAGAAUCGAACCUGGAACCUUUCAGUCUGCAGGCCUAAACUCUAUCCACUGAGCCAAACCAACUAGGGCUCAUUUAGACGUUUUAAAAGUCUGCCUACCAUACUCACUAAUAUUUUAUCAAUCUACAAGGUCAACACAAAAAGAGUUAAAACCAAUAAAAGCUAAUUUUUCUGUAUAGAGUUAUAUGAUGAUAUAAUUCUCUGGGCCUUUUAAAAUGUUGAUUUCUCAAUGAAAAUAACUAAUCAUUAAAGUGUUUGCUUAGUACUCUAGAGGUCAAGAAAUACAAAAAAUAUAUAGAACAAUUUUUAAAAUAAAAAGUGUGUUUCUGUCUAAAGUUACUUGGAAACUCUAGUGGAGACUUUUUUAAAUGUGCUUUUUAGAGCAAUUCUUCCAAGACUGCCUUUUAAAAUGACUGUCAAGACUCCUUUUUUUUUUUUUUUUUUGACAAAUACAAAUUUCCCAACAUCUGUCAAAGUGUAACUUAGAAUACUUUACAAUGAACUUACAAAUGUUGCACUGAAAACAAGUAUUUCUUGUAGUCUGCCAAAUUUCUGCCACAUUGGAAAAUAUGCAGAUGAUUGCUUAACACUGUGUGCCACUAGGCAGGAAUUAUAUUUCACAUCUUAAUGAGAAAAUACUCUCUUUUAAACUUAAAAUUAAUUAGUAAUUCAACCAUUUUAAACUAUUUUAAAUACCAACAGACACAAAGUGGUUUUCAAUUCCACGAAGAGCAAAAUCUAAAAAUGGAUUUUCAGAAUAUAAUUUUAUCAUUUUUUAAAAAAAAUCUGAUUACCAAAUUAAGAGAAAUAAAAAAGCAUAAUCCCACCCCCAAGAAAUAACCAUUAUUAAGUAUUUUGGUAUAUAGUACAGGUAUGGAUGUAUAUAACUGUAUCUAAAUCUAUGCUAUUAGACAUAAAUAUAUAUUUUUAGACAUUUAAAUGUGUGUAUUUUACCACAAAUGAGAUCAUAUUCCUUUUUUAUUAUUUAUGAAAUCUUUACAAAACAAAGAUUUAACAGAGCAACUGAUUUUUAAUAAGACAUUGCUAAACAUGUUCUAGCAAAGUAAUGGCAAAAGCAGCUUCAGUGAGUGCUACAAACAGCAAUGAGACAGCCCUGUAUACAUUACUAAAGCUGUUGUUCGCAAAGGAAUGGUCUACAAAAUAGGUAAGAAGGGCAUCUGCUCUGUGUCGUAGUGUUUUAGGCAUUUUAUUUUGAUCGUAUUUUUCUUCUUCAUGUCCUUCUGUAGCUUUUUAUUCUGUUAGGUAACGCCCUCCUUAAACUCUUUCCCCAGUGUCCCAAUCUAAAUUAUGUGUUUCCCAAUCACAGAAUUACUAUUUGUUCUCAGAACAUAUAUCCCACUUCUCAUGAAUCUUUUUCUGACAUCUUAACCGGUUUUGCUUCCCUCUUCCAUCAAAACUAGUUGGCAUAGUUACUGGCUUGCUACAUUACUCUUUUCCCUACUUGCUCCCUCACUACUAUUUUGGCCUCCUGGGUUCGAUGAUUAGUUUUAUUCUGGAAACUACUGAACCUAUGUCAUCUCAUAUAUGUGCCAACCAAACUCAUCUACUUCCCCUCAAGUUACUUGCCUUCUUUCCUUUUUCUUCAGUAUUGUUUCUUUAUCCUAACAAAUACCUGAUAAUUAUCUUCUCCCUCCCUUUCUCCUAUCAGAUCUCUCUAUUAAAUCCUGCUCUAAGAUGCCUCCUAAAUUUGUUCAUUUCUUGCCCCUCUCUUUGCCUUCACACUAAUCCAGGCCAAAACUGCCUACAACUUGACUUAUCAUCAAUGCCCUGAAUAGGUUAGGGUUCACCUGUCCCCCGUCCCUCUGUCCCUCUUUCUAGGCACUCUUACAGUCAGUGAGAUAGAAGGAAAGAGGACCUGAGCUUGAAAUCAGGAGCCCAAGGGUAAAUUCCUUCUCUGCCACCUCAGUUGUGACCUUCAGCCUAUUUCCUUCCUAUCUCUAGGCCUGGGAGUUUCCAAACUGGGCUUAGAGUCCACAUGGGCUCUAAGCUGCCUUGUGACUCUAACAAUCUCCUCUGGCCCUUCUUUGCUAAAGGAGCAGCAAUGACUUUCCCAGCAUGCCCCCUCCUCCUUAGACCAUAGCGGUCACCCACUGUCUUAUGGCUUUCACUGUCCCUUACAUCCAGUUUGCUCACAUUAGCAUAUCCCUAAUGAGUCCCAGUCUUUCCACUAAGUGUCAGUUCCUUCUUCUAUUGUUCUUCUUCUCCUGCAUUUAUAAAUUUCUUUAACCAACACUUACGGAGUGGCUGCUAAUCUAGGAAGCACUUUGCCAAGUCCCAGGGGAAUAGCAAGAUAAAAGACACAAUCCUUGCUCUUAAAGAAUUUACCGUUUUAUUAAAGAUAUGGGUAACUAACAAACAUACAGUAGUGUGGUUAAGUAUUGUACUAAAGAAUUUAAUAUAUCCUAGUUGUUUGGGGACAGAAAGCAGUCAUUACUUAACAAGACCCAGUAUCUAGAAAGGCUUCAGAAAGGAUGUGUGCUCAUCCCAAGCCGAGUCCUUCAGUCUUAAAAGGGAAAAUAAGAAUUAAGGGGGGAGGGGAAGGAGUGUGUUCUAUUGCUACUUUGAGGUGAGGAGAGAAGGUGAAGUUUAUUAAGACAAGACAUAUUGUGCCAAGUGCCAGAUUAGAAUACUGAAGUCUAGAGGGCAAGAGAAGACAAGCAGUGAGGCUGGCCAAGAUGAAUGGACUGCAAUGUCACCCUAACAAGUUUGGAUUUUGUUGGAGUAAAGGGCUGUACUUGGACUUAAACAAUUUAUUUUCCUAGUCUGUUAUUGGGGAAAGAUGGUGGGUUUGGGGCACUGAAAGUUCAACACUGAUGGCAAGGAAAAUCCAGGAGAGGGAAACAAUGACCUGCCAAAAAUGGUCCUGGUAGGAAGGCUGGCCCAGUAACACGGCAAGGAGCCUUGCCGCCUCCUCAAGCUGCCUGCCUUCACUCAGACCCUGUCCAGGGCCACCCUCCCGCCAGGCGUCAUAGAGAUCAGGACCCCGCCACGCCACAGAGGAGUGCGCUUCGAGAAACCUCGCGAGAUCUCUCCUGAGCCACGAACAGACCAAGCGUGUCUGGUCGCCUGGCAACCACAGGUGGGCAGCCGAGGAACCUGACUCCGGAGAAACUUACCAAACCGGAGUGACUAACCCGGCUUGUCCUGGACCGGUGAGGCGCGCUCAGGGAAGAAGCGUGGGGACCCAGGGAACCCUGGAGCCAGGUUUCUCACACUUGCCGGCCAAAAGUUGGGCAUAAAGCGAUACCUAAAACUGCUUCUUGGCAUGGCAUCAGAACGGAGCUAAAGUACUAAUUUGAUUUAGACCAAAAUCAUGGUUCGACUGACCUUGGAUCUAAUUGCCAAAAACAGCAACUUUAAACCCAGAAAAGAAGAAACCACCUUACAAUACCUUAGGAAACUAACUCAUAUAAAUUUUUCAGACAGAAAUAUAGAAGCAAUUGAUGAUCUCUCUCUUUGUAAAAAUCUUAGUGUUUUAUAUUUGUACGAUAACCAUAUUAGUCAAAUAACUAACUUGAAUUUUGCCACAAAUCUGACUCACCUGUACCUACAAAACAAUUGUAUUUCCUGUAUAGAGAACCUCAGUUCAUUAAAGAAACUGGAAAAACUGUAUCUGGGAGGCAAUUACAUUGCUGUCAUAGAAGGUCUAGAAGGAUUAGAAGGACUAAGAGAGCUCCACGUUGAGAGUCAGAAGCUUCCCCUUGGAGAAAAGCUUCUGUUUGAUCCAAGAAGUCUUCACUCUCUGGCAAAAUCCCUCUCUAUAUUGAAUAUCAGCAAUAAUAAUAUUGAUGACAUAAAAGACUUAGAAAUACUGGAAAAUCUUAAUGAGCUUAUAGCAGUUGACAAUCAACUUCUGAAUGUGAAGGAUUUGGAAUUUUUACUGAGCAAAUUGAUGAAGCUGUGGAAAACGGAUCUAAAAGGAAAUCCUGUUUGUCUCAAACCAAAAUACAGAGACAGACUGAUACUGGCCUCCAAAUCACUCGACUGUCUUGAUGGAAAAGAAAUUAAAAGCAUGGAAAGACAAUUUUUAAUAAAUUGGAAAGCAUCCAAAGAUGCCAAGAAAAUCAGCAAGAAAAGGAACAGUAAGAAAGAGGAUGACAGUAUCCCAUAUAUCAGUACCUUUGAGGCAGUGCAUCACAUACUUCCUGUUUAUUACCCACAAGUGGGUAAGCCAAAACUACUCUUUAUCUCUGACUCUCUGAGAUACAUGGCUAAUGAAAAUGCACCUCCAGAAAACUCCCCAGAUAAUAACCCUAAAGUUAUCGAAGAGACCAGGAAUCUCUCUGAAGGAAUCUGAAAUGUUUUGACAAAAAGUGAUGAACAUGAACCUACUUUCAUCGUCUGUAUAAUCCAAAAGUAAAAAAUUUUGUUUGUAAAAAAA